AGCUCUCUCAGCUACUACUCUAUACUCUGUAAUCAGUCCUCUCUCUCUCUCUCUCUCUCUCUCUCUCGUUCUUACCGAAUGGCUUCCUCAACCGAUGGCAAUACCGCUUUUCAAAACUGCUAGCGGUUUUAGAUGGGGAAAACCGCGAGAUGGUUUCGCGGGCUACUAGGCGGGAAGAAGGCCGGAGGGCCGGAGGUUGCGUCCGACGUGAAGCCGGCAAAGGAGAAGAAGAGAUGGGGUUUCGUGAAAUCUUCCAAGGACAAGGAUCGUACGGCUCCAAUAGCAUCUGCAGAGGAGCCGAGGAAGGGGUCGUACAGAGAAGUGCCGAGCUCAUCGUACGGAGACGGUUCCGUCGACCCGAACAAGCACGCGAUAGCCGUGGCGGCGGCGACCGCUGCGGUGGCAGAGGCAGCAGUGGCAGCGGCGCAGGCGGCAGCGGCGGUGGUGAGGCUGACAAGCAGCGGCAGGUGCGCUGCGGCGUACGUUAGCGGGAGGAGGGAAGAUUGCGCAGCGAUUAAGAUACAGGCGGCGUUUCGCGGUUACCUGGCGAGGCGGGCUUUGAAGGCGUUGAGAGGGCUGGUGAAGCUACAAGCAUUGGUGAGAGGCCGCAUUGUGCGGAAGCAAGCUGCUGAGACCCUACGCUGCAUGCAGGCACUUGUGAGGGUCCAGGCACGCGUCCGAGCAGUCCGCGCGAAUGCGUCAGAAAGCCGGCACGUGAGCAAGGGUUCCCAAUCCCACCCGGGCCCUGCAACCCCAGAGAAAUAUGAACGGCCAAUUCAUGUCAACAGUGCCCAACGUGAUAGGUUUGCAAUGCUCAAGGGAAACGCUUCUAAACCAAAUAGCACUGAUGCUAUCGAUCUUGAUAAAGUGCAUGUGGGUUGGAACUGGUUAGAUCGUUGGAUGGACGAGCGGUCCUGGGAUCAUCGUGAAAAUGUUACAAAAGUUGGAGCUGCAGAUGAUGAGAAGAAUGACAAAAUCCUCGAAGUAGACCCUGGCAAACCACACUUCAAUUCCAAGCGACGGAGCAACAACCACCAGUCCUCACACUCUACCUUGAAUAGCCAGAGCUUUGCCACAUUGCCUGACUCGCCGUCAAAGGACUCCACAACCGCUCAACUAUCAGCUCCAAGCCCAUCUUCUGUUGAAAUGCAAUCGCUGAGCCCUCUGAGAUUCCCCAUUCAGGUUGAUGAAUCCGUCUUCAACACUGCUAACAAUAGCCCACAGUUUUUCUCUGCAUCUUCAAGGCCUGGGAGUUCUCAUCGAGGGCCCUUCACGCCUUCAAAGAGCGACUGCUCCCGGAGCUUCUUAAGUGGUUAUUCUGACUAUCCAAACUACAUGUCGAACACGGAAUCAUCAAGAGCUAAGGUCAGGUCCCACAGUGCCCCCAAGCAGAGGCCUGAAUUCGAGAAAUCUAGCUCUUUCUCCAGCUCAACAAAGAGGCUAUUGUUCCAUGGGUUUGGGGAUGCAAGGGCGAGUGCCAGUGGGCCACAAUCGACACAGAGAUCUUCAUCUUUGCAUGCAAAGUUCACAAGCAAGGCGUAUCCUGGGUCCGGCCGUUUGGAUAGAUUAGGAAUGCCGAUUCGCGAAGUGGUCGGACAUCAUAGUAUAAACCGCAACAAAUGCUAGAAGACACUAUGCAUGAAUCUUGUUUUUCUGUUUGGUUUCCUUCCCUUUAUGUUUUCUUGGUUUGUUUGCCAGUAACAUCUUAUAUUCCGACAUGUUUGUUUUCAAAGAGUUUCGGUGUUCUGUUUUA